AUGUGGUCUGUUUUAACAUCCAUGUUAUCAUUUGGCCCCAGUGAUACCGCAGAGGUCGCCCCUUCCGAUUUCAACAUAGAAGGCCAAGUCGUCUUGAUCUUAUGUGGUCUCAUUGGUUCUGGCAAGUCAACGUUCGCAGAGAGUCUGCAGUCCCACUUUCCCCAGUUUCGCCGAUGUAAUCAAGAUGAUUUGGGCGACAGACGCCGAGUCGAGCAUCUUGCUCGGGAUUCACUGAGUCAAGGCCUCUCUGUUUGUAUCGACCGGACAAACUUCAAUGAAUCGCAAAGAUCCUACUGGAUAGAUAUAGCUCACGAGUUUCCAGGAACUGCGAUUUGGGUUAUUGUCUUCGAUACUCCAUACGAGAUCUGUGCAGCCCGGCUCCGCGAACGAAAAUCACACCCCACCAUCAAGAGUCCCGAACAGGGAUUGUCCGUGUUGAAGCGCUUCGCAGCUGAUUUUGUGUCGCCGGAUCCCCAUGAAGGGUACCAACGCAUCUUAUAUGUGAAACCGUCAGAUCUUCCCUCCCCGCCAUAUGCUCGCGCCGACAUCGCCGCUGUCUUGCAGCGUGUAGCGACGAGCUCGCCAGUGACAGCCCCCAUCCGCAACAGCACACCUCGUCGCGGGGCUUCAAGAGCAAACGCACGUGGAUCUUUCUCAUCUCGAGGAAAUUCUGCGCGAGGAGGUCGGGGCAGUUGGGGUGCGCGUAACAACAAUUAUUCUUAUUCGGGGCAAGGAAGCACCUUCGUGCCAGGAUUAUCCGGCGGAUCUCGCAGCUCGUGGUCCACACCUCCUGCAUUUCUUAGAAACAAUAGCCAUCCAGCGGGUGUCCCAAUAGAUUCGCAAAGCUCCAUUGCUGUGGCUGCUGGAGAGCCGCGUUCUCCGUCCGAAUCAACGGAAAGUCAAAACCGGGACAAUGCAAAGAGGUCGGAGAUUGAGUGCAAAGAAACUGGUGCCGGUGACCCGUCUACGGUGGAUUGA